ACUUUCUGUAGUUCUCAGAGAAACCUUCUGUGCCAUCCUAUAUAUAUACAACUCACUCCCCAACCCUCCUCAUCAGAUAGAAUUAUCCAAAGCAAUCUAAGCAAAAAUCUCUCGCCCAAAUCCUACGAAUUCACACCCAGCAAAAACCCAACUCAAACCCACCAUCUAAUGGCUCUCAGUCUCUUUGGCGGACGACGAAGCAACGUCUUCGACCCCUUCUCUCUGGACAUCUGGGACCCUUUCGAGGGCUUCGGCGCUCUGGCCAACAUCCCCUCAUCCGCCCGUGAAACCACCGCCAUCGCCAACACGCGCAUCGACUGGAAGGAGACCCCGGAGGCCCACAUCUUCAAGGCGGAUCUCCCGGGGAUAAAAAAGGAGGAGGUGAAAGUGGAGGUGGAGGACGGGAGAGUCCUGCAAAUCAGCGGCGAGAGGAGCCGGGAGCAGGAGGAGAAGAACGACAAGUGGCACAGGGUGGAGAGGAGCAGCGGCAGGUUUAUGAGGAGGUUCAGGCUGCCGGAGAACGCGAAACUUGAUCAGGUGAAGGCGGCGAUUGAGAAUGGGGUGCUGACUGUGACUGUGCCGAAAGAGGAGGAGAAGAAGCCUGAGGUCAAGGCCAUUGACAUUUCCGGUUAAACUAAAUUCGCGUAACCUCGAUCGGCUACUUUUGAGCUCUGUUUUGGUGUGGUGUUAAGUUCUGCUUGUGUGUAUUUCCGAGUCUCUCUGUAUGUGAGAUGAGUGAUAUGGCGUGUCAAUUGUCAUGUAUGGGUUCUUAUUCUAAAUAUUAUAAUAAAUCUUUAUAAAAGUUUACAUUAUAUUUCCAA